AACUACAAUAUAUUCAACACUCCCUUCUCUCUCAUCUCUCUCUCUCUCUGUCUCUCUCUCUCCUCACACACACACCAAAUUCUUAAAAACUUGAUCUUUAGGCUCUCUCCCUUCCCAUGAUUCCAGCUGCAGAUCAAGACUGAAGCCACUGUUUCCAUCAGAGCUUAAUUAAUCCCACAAAUCCCAUCACACCCCAUUUAAUUACCCUCAAUGAUGGGGACUAUGGAGUUUUAAUCAAACUAGCAUACGUAUGCAGUACUCUAGUUUUCACUUGGGGAAGUGCUUUUGCUAAUCUGCUUCUGGACCUUCUGGUUUCGCCUUUCUGAGGCAUUUUUUUUUCUUUCACAUUUCCCCAUAAAAACUUGCCAAGAAAAAAAAAAAGCACUUCGGGCAUUGAGCUUUUGUUUUGGGGCUUUUGCUGUCAAUCUGCUAUCUGGUAGAACAUGUGGGGUUCCAUGCUUUUGCCUUCGCCAAGGACAUAAAGAUGGAAUCUGGGAGUAGGUUUUACUCAGCUGAUGAGUUCAGAUUGGAUGCCAAAUGGCUGAUUGAUCCCAAGCAUCUGUUUGUUGGGCCAAGAAUUGGUGAGGGAGCUCAUGCCAAAGUCUAUGAGGGCAAAUACAAAAACCAGACUGUUGCAAUCAAAGUUGUUCAUAGAGGAGAAACUCCAGAGGAGAUUAUUAAGAAAGAAGGACGGUUUGCCAGAGAGGUUGCAAUGUUGUCGAGAGUUCAACAUAAAAAUUUAGUGAAGUUUAUUGGUGCCUGCAAGGAGCCAGUAAUGGUGAUAGUUACUGAGCUUUUGUUGGGAGGUACAUUGCGUAAAUAUUGUCUAAACAUGCGGCCGAGGUGCUUGGACAUACGCGUUGCUGUUGGUUUCGCAUUGGAUAUUGCUCGUGCGAUGGAGUGCUUGCACUCUCAUGGGAUCAUACACCGUGAUUUGAAGCCUGAAAACUUGCUCUUGACUGCAGACCACAAAACAGUUAAAUUAGCGGAUUUUGGGUUGGCAAGAGAAGAGUCAUUAACAGAGAUGAUGACUGCAGAAACCGGGACAUACCGUUGGAUGGCUCCGGAGUUGUACAGUACUGUUACAUUAAGGCAAGGAGAGGGAAAGCAUUACAACCACAAAGUGGACGCGUAUAGCUUCGCAAUUGUUUUGUGGGAACUCUUACACAACAAAUUGCCUUUCGAAGGCAUGUCAAAUCUCCAGGCAGCAUAUGCAGCUGCAUUUAAAAAUGUGAGGCCUAGUUCUGAGAACAUCCCUGAGGAGUUGAACAUCAUCCUAACUUCAUGCUGGCAGGAGGACCCGAAUGCUCGGCCUAAUUUCAGCCAAAUAAUUCAAAUGCUACUCGAUUUUCUUUACACCAUAUCUCCUCCCGAACCUGUCAUUCCAUCACGGAUGUUCACUGAGAACACUGUCUUGCCACCAGAGUCUCCUGGUACAAGCGCCUUGAUGGCAGCACGCGAAGGCUCAGGGGAGACGCCCAAAUUAGGAGAAAUGGAAGACAAGCCAAAAGGUUUUUUCUUCUGCUUUAACCAGUGUUAUUGAGUAGUUGAAGAGAAGAUCCAUAACCUCCGUCUUUCGGGUCAAUAACGUUCGGAGGUAAGAUCGUAAACACCAGAAUCUAGUCCGAUCAGGUACAUUUUGUUAACAUGGUAAAUGUUUAAGCUGAUCAGUGUCGAAUUUCAUCAAGUUCAAUUGUCGAAUACACCACUUUGUAUCUAUCCAAUGUUCCGCUGGAUCUUGUCGA